AUGACCAAAGUCCAUGUGAUUCCACGAAAUAAUGGAUCUCGGCCUUGCCCACUGAUCCCGCCAUAUGUAAAAGGUCCAGUCAAGGUCCAGUUACCAAAGUCCCUCAGACUGGAAGAUGUGAUACAGAAGAACCCUAAAUUGACCCAAGGAGGCCGCUACGAUCUCCCCGACUGUAUCUCCAGAAACAAAACCGCCAUCAUCAUCCCUUACCGGAACAGAGAGGAGCACCUUAAAUAUCUCUUGUACAACUUACAUCCGUUCCUGCAGCGCCAACAGCUGAACUACGGCAUCUACGUCAUCCACCAGGCAGGCGACUUCCUUUUUAACCGUGCUAAACUCAUGAAUGUUGGCUUUAAAGAAGCCAUGAAGGACGAGGCCUGGGACUGCUUGUUCUUCCAUGACGUGGACCUCAUCCCCGAAGAUGACCGCAACCUGUACACCUGCGACAAGUUUCCCAAACAUGCUUCUGUUGCCAUAGACAAGUUUAAUUACCGUCUGCCCUACAGGGACUGCUUUGGGGGUGUCUCUGCCUUGACCCUGAGCAGUAUGAACAAUUGA